CUUUAUAACAUACCAAACAGUAAAAUUAGUUUUUACUGUUUUAAAUAGAUUAAAACAAGUCACAGAAGAACAUAGAAAACGUAUUUGAGCAAGAAUGUACUGUAUUUCUUUUAUAUAAUUUUUCCAAAUCUUAAUUUUAGCUCUGGUCAACAUAAAUCAGUUCAUAUACAUUCAAAAUACUCCAAGAAUAUCCAAGUUAAGUUUGCCGUUUGAGGAAAAACUCCCGAUUAAAAUGAACAAGAUCGGUUCCUGUGACAGAGUGAGACCUCCUGUUCACAGAGCGUUAUGAGGUAAGUGCGCAUGCGUCAAUAAUUUUCAUGGCGGCAGGGUAAACACGCCACAGUUCUCUUUCCACGGACAUGUAGACGAGUUUCCAGUCUGCAGAAAAUGAGAGCGGGCACUGAGGAGGCAGAAUCUUCUGGGUACCAACGGGUCGUACUGAAAAACGCUUCGCCGCAUCACUACCUCAAAGUCCGUCUGGUGCUGGAGGAUGAGUCGGCCAGAGUGAGCGCCGUCGACCUGAAGACCUUCAUCACUUCCUGCCUGAGGAGUUUGUUCGGAGAGGUCGGAGCGGCGCUGAAUGUGGACGUGCUGAAGUACGAUGAGGAGACGCUGACCGCUCUGCUGCGUGUUCCCAGCAGGGGUUUGGUGAAGCUGUGGAGCUCCCUCACCCUGCAGGGGUUCUACCAGAACCGGGCCUGCGCCUUCAGGGUUUUGCAGGUGUCUCCGUUCCUCCUGGCGCUGACUGGAAACAGCCGCGACCUGCAGCUGGACUGAAGCAGGAUGACAUCAGUCUGGACGCCACUC